AUGAAGGACGUGAAAAUUGAAGAUUGUGAGGCGGAAGCAGUAUAUCCUUUGAUAUCUGCUGAAUCAAAUUCACUUUUUGCUUUAAUGUGGACUCAGAAUCUUGCAGCUUUAGCUGCUGGAACAGGCACGAAUGCUUCAACAAAUUCAUUUAUGCAGCCGCUAUUGAAUUCAACGUCGGGCACUUUGCAACAGCUCAAUCCAUUCCUACAAACGCUUGCAGUACAGUCUGGAAUUGGUUGUUUUUUGAAACAUGAUAUUUCUGAUAUGAGGAAUGAUCUAGAAUCGAUUACUAAAAUAGUAUUGGACUGCGAAUUUAUUUCGUUUAUGGAAGAAAAGUGGGAUAAGUACAAGGAGUGGAAGAUCUGGACGGAAGUUGGAUUACAUGUUCAUCCCACCGAGCGAAAGUGGAAAUCGAAAGAAGUUGAAGGCGCAGACAAAGUUCUGUGUCGCAAUCCGAAUUCAACUGGAAAUGGAAAUGAGCAGGACGCAAAAAGGAUGCGCCUUUCUUCUCAUUCAUUGAAACCCUCCACAUCCCAGCAUAUUAGCAUCGUUACAACUGCUGUUAGUGAUGCAUCCGGCAGUAACGGUGAUGUUGCGACAGAAUCAAUUAAGGAAUGGAAUGAGUGUCAUCUGGAGACAAACACUCUAUUAGGCAAUCGUUACCGCACCGCAUGUUCGAGACACAUUGGCAUGCGUAUAAGGGAGCAAAAUGAUAUACCUUAA